GAAAGUAAUCUAUAACAAUGUCCGUGAUCCAUGGCAAGGCAGCCUGCCAAGUCUGCAAAGAGCAGGCUGCAAAAUACAAGUGUUCAACUUGCAUCCUGCCAUAUUGCUCUUUGGCAUGUUACAAAAAACAUAAAGAAACACCAUGCUCCCCUCCGAUUUCUGAAGAAAGUCCUAAAGAAAAGCCCGUAAGUGCGCCCCUGAAAGAUAUGGAUGAGGAAGGCAGUCUGCUGACGGAUGAGCAGCUGGGAAGAUUAGGAGCGUCCAAGGAUAUCAGUGAUAUACUCUCAAACGUGGAUUUACAGAAGAUUCUAAAAGAGCUUGAUUCGGCGCAGGACCCAGAGAAGGCAUUAGACCAGGCAAUGGAGCAAAUACCUAUAUUUCGAGAGUUUGCCGAAAAGGCAAUUGAAACCGUUGCCGGACCGCGAACCCCGGAGUAGGAUGCGCCAGUUGCACUGACCGCCGGGACUUUCAAAUGGGCUGGAUCUUAUGCUUGACUUGUAUAUCGCUGCGGAAGUUGAGUCGAGGUUGUAACUCCGAAAUGAAUGGGCGGACAAAACGCUGUCCGCCGACUUGGAGAAUAUUUGACGAGAACGCCAAAAUUACAAUCGUGGAUAUAGAGGUGAAUAUGCUUCUCGACACCCUCAGCACGCUGCACAUCAGUCGAUAAAAGGGCCUGUUGCGCAAGAAGGUGGUGGCUCGGAAGUCUUUCUCCCGUCUGGCCGUUACGAUAGAUAAUCACUUGCAAGCUAUAUACCAUGGAGAAAGGUAGUAGUAUCGACAGUUUCCGUGGUGAUCAGCUAUUGGAAACUAUUUCGAGGGGGUGGACUUUUUACAAAAUAUAUCUGGAGUUUCAUGCGAUUGUAGGAUGGAGCUUCAAUAAUGUACUUAAAUGUAGACGAGCAAGACUAAGUUAUGCAAGUAAAUAUACAAAAUGUAAUACAAAGCAUCAAUAACGACGAUCAGUCAUCAGCCACA